UUGUGGAUCACAAUUGCUACCAGAAGAUCAUGAACUUUCAAAGCAUUUAAGUAUUAGACUAAAUCUUACCUGUGAUUCUCCUAUUGAAUCAACAUAUUUUUCAUGGCGCCUUAAAAGGUUUGAUAUUUGUUAUUGGUGUGGAGAAUCUAUAGAUCUUAUUAAACCUUCUGAUACAUUGAAAAAUGAAUAG